UAAGCCGAGCCGCGAGCUCGGCAGAGAGAUGUGGCAACGACGUUUUUUCGCUCUCUGUGUCUCGCUCCAAAGCAGAGCGACAACCGACGGUUCUGCAGCUCCUCGGAAUGGGAAAAUACUUGUUAUGCUACGAACGGUAUGGCCACGAAGACGGUCCUCCGAUUCCGCGUGCCGAUCACGUGUAUCGAUGUCUGCGCAAGGAGAAACGAGAGAGAGGCCCAUUUUGAAAAUUGAACGAUUCUUCGGUCGAACGAUCCGCUUAAAGGGGAAGACGAGAAGAAUCGAAUGGUCGUGAAUUAACGCAAUAUCAUCCCGCCUCAUUCAACCUUCGAUUUCGUUCGAAUAUGUCGAAGAACCGCAGAAGGAGAUCGUUGGAUCGGUACCUAUGGAGGAGAUUUUGGAAAGUCGGUAUCAAUAGCGUCGGGAAUGUUGUUAUCGGCGUGCAGUGUGGAUGUGUACGCGACGCACACGUUGGGAGAACGGUUCACACGUAUAUCGUCCUUAGAGGAAUACCCAACGUUAAAGAGGUGCGGGAGAAAGGGCCGCGCGUACCGAGGGCGAAAACGAAUCUCUUCUCCGAUUGGUGAACGGCUCAUGGCAAGGGAGCCCGCUAGCACUCCCUUUUCCACUCCUCGUUGCGCGUUGCUACCCUUCGGGCGGACCUCUCCCAGCGUUGUAACCCGCGCCCGUGGAUCGUCGAUUUCGAUGUGGACGUCGAUGAAUAAUCCAUGUGUUGGUAAAUGAUACAUACACAGGUACGUACGGGUAGGCAUAGAAGGAAAGGACGAGAAGAAGGUCCCGGUGCAGGCGAACGUCAGGGGAAACAGGGCGGAGGUCCGGUCCCUUUACUAAUACUUGUGAUGCGUUUACAGGUUUCCUCUCUUCUUUUUGGAGAGAGUCGAAAAUACAUGAAACCGAAUUGCACAUCGAGUGAUGCAGCUACGAUGCAAUUUGGAGAGAGAGGGAGACAGAGAUAUUUGCAUAUUAUUCGCCCACGUGCGAAUAUUCGGUGAAAAAUGGAUACCCGUACAUGCACGUUUUGCUGGAAGAGAUAGAGGAGAGAGAGAGAGGAAUUAGCUCACUGCUCUCUUACUGGGACAAAGCCAGACGAUUACGUCUCGUUUGCUCGCCGGUGAUCCCCAUCAUCGACGACGUUCUAGUAUCUGCUACUAUCGCACGUACUUUACUCAAUUCUUCAAUCCAAAAGAGCUUUGUUUGACUGGAUGUAAAACAGAAAGAAACAAAGAAAAAUCCAAAAGAGAAGAAAGGAAGAGCAGUUAUCAGGGAAGGAAAGAAAAGGGAAAGGGCAAGCGAAAAGGAGAAAUGGAACGCGACCAGGGAAGGGAAAACCUACAGGACGAACGAACGAACGAACGAGGAGCUAAAGCAGAAACGGAGGAGAAAUACAAGGGGAGAGAAAAAAAGGGAAAAAUUCAACCCAGCGGUUUCACAGACCUUCUGCGUGUGUUGUUCAUUUCAGAUCCCUCUCUCUGCACCUCGUCCACUCCGACGUUGGCUCCAUACAUAAAAAUAUCUACAAACACAUAGAAAUAUCCCCCCUGGAUGUGGGCUCCGGUGUAUUACAAUAUACACGCCACGCUACCACACUGGAAAAAUACGAGGUGGGGAGAAUCGUUGGAGGUUUUCUCUCCCCCACACACUAGGCGGCUGUAUCCGUACCCCGUACUCGUAUACCUAAAUGUGAACGGGAGCAGAGGACGAAGGUCGGUAGCGAGGAGGUAGGGCAGUCGGUACGUUCUCCUCUGUCAGGGGAGGUACUAGUUACACGUACCACGUAAAGUGGAAGGGAUUUCGAAGGGUGGAAAAUAACGACAGAGGGGUGCGAAGGGCAAUUGUAGUGGGGCGAAACGUCGUGACGGCAGGGGGGAAAGGGAAUCCAACUCUAUCCCCAGUUCGCUUCAGUUUGGCGCGAGACGUCUCGGCGUUCGGUUCUCUGUUGUUCGUUCGUUCGUUUAGUUAUUUUCCGCGAGUCGUUCUUCUUUUCGUCUAUCCGUUUCUUUUCUUUUUUUAUCCAUUCUUCACACUUAUUCCCCUCGCUGUCUCAUCCUUCCGUAGGCCACACACCACCGUUUCCCCCCUCCCCUCUCCCUCUCCUCUUCUCCUUCUUCUCCAUUGCCUCUUUUCAUACACACGUCGUCGUGAAAGUUUACUUCGAGUUUUUACCGCUAAGUGCAACAUGGCGCUGAAUAUCGUAGUUGGUUUAUUAAUGCUACUGCCAAUGGAUAUACCCGGUUGCCGCUGCUCCUCCUGUUGCUAUUGGAAUUAAGGGGAGAUUUUCAAAUAAUUUUUUGUUCUUGUGAUUUGUGAUAAAUUUCUGUUAUUUCAUCGGUUAACUUCACCAUCGUUAAUCGGAUACAACGACAUGCAUCGAACAUAUCUAUGACAUAUUUAAUAGACGUAAUCGCUAUUAAAGAGCCUCGAUUUUAGUGAAGCAAAAAAGAGAGGAAGAAAAAAAGGAAUAAAAUGGCGGGGAUGGGCAGGAGAACGUAUCUGCGAGAUGUGAACCCCUAUUUGAUAUGUCCUCUUUGCAGAGGAUAUCUUGUAGAUGCCACCACUGUCGUUGAAUGCCUGCAUUCGUUCUGCAGAAGCUGUAUAUUAAAACAUCUCAAAUCUGAAGCUCAUUGUCCCACUUGUAAUCACGUUCUGAACAAUGCCAAACCAGAUAUCAAGGCCGAUAAGGCAUUGCAGGACAUUGUUUAUAAGCUGGUUCCUGGACUUUAUCAUAAAGAAAUGCGUAGGAGGCGAGAGUUUUAUAAGAAAAAUCCCGAAUAUGCUGAAUCGGCGACACCUGAACAAAAAGGGGAAGAUGUCAGUGGGCGAUUAAUUUUCGCUCCCGAAGAUGCAGUGAGCCUGAGUCUGGAAUAUUUGCCACCUGGUGCAGAUCCACUGUCACUCGGACUGAGUAUUAGUAACAUGGAAUCGAUUCAGCGGAAUUUAAACAACAAUAACAAUAGUGCCAACACUAACAGGAGGUACCUUCAGUGUCCGGCUCUGGUGACGAUUGCCCAUCUCAAAAAAUUUCUUGCCCUUAAAUACAGCGUCGAUCUCACAAGAUAUACCAUUGAGAUUUGCCAUCGUACUGCUCCCCUUCCGGAGCACUGGACUCUUAUGGAUGUAGCCUACAUGUAUGCCUGGAAGAGGAAUGCACCAAUGAGGUUCUUUUAUCGUAUUGCUCAAGAAGAGCCGAGGCUAGAAGCUCCACCGCAUGAUCGACCAUCGACUCCGGGUCUUGGCGCAAGUUUACCGCCUGCCGAUUCUACUUCCGUUGACACAAACGAGAUCAAGGCAGAGAAAGAAAAGCGGGAAGUUAAUGACAAUCAAGAAUUGCCCCAAGUUAAGAGCCCGAUUAAAAUAUUAAAAAAUUCUGAGGGUAGGUACGAGGUUCUCAAACCUGCUCUCAAAACUCCGCCACUUCGGGAGCCAGAGCCACAGAUUGUUAAAACAGUGGAACAGAAGGAGACAAAUUUAAAUCCGGAAUUCAGUGUAGUGAGCAUCGGUGAUGGACAGAAUUCGAACGGGGUCAAAAUUACACUGAAACAAUGUUCGCCCAGUACUCUAGAUUCUAAGAAACCAAAAGUCAUUAGUAAUGUACUUGUGCGACGUUCUCCGAUUAAAAACGAUGUCAGAAAGUCACCACCUAUGGAACAGGUCCAGAAAACUAAGAACGCCACAAAGACACCUGGUUUUGUUCAAGUGGAAAAAGGGAAGGACAAAGAGAGGGAAAAAGUGAAAGAAGAUAAGAAACAAAAAGGAACAGAAAUGGAAUCCGAGAGAGAGAAAGAAAAAAUUAAAGGUUCUGAAACGUCCGAGAAACAGGAUCAGAAACAAAAGCGCAAAGUUACAUUUGUCGACACUCUUCCUAUGCCUGUCAAAUUAAAUGGCGAGGUUACUACCGGAGUCAAGAAACCAGGAGAUCUUCCUGACAAAAAACAAUUUUUACAGAGCUUUCAACUCACUGCCAGAGAGUCAAAGACUGAGACACCAGCUCCCUUGACUCCUAGGCAGGAUUCUAAGGCUUUGCCUCCCAAAAUUGACGUGUACACCUUUCCGAGCGAUCCUCCAACGUCUAUUACACAUCCUCUUCCACCCGGUGCUGUAAAAAGAAAAUGCCCUCCAGGUCUUCCAAUAUUCGAAGCUAAACGCCGAAAAUUACAAUUCACUAGUCAGCCGAAGAAGCUGACUGUGAAACCCCUGAAUAGAAUCAAACCCAACCAGCAGACGUCGUCAAAUUCAGCUAAUCCUACUGGCAAUACGUUCAGCGCACCGAUGGCUCCUCCAUCAACAGCUGGCACUGGAAAUGCAAAAUCUAGUCCUAAUCUCCACAAUAAUACAAGGAAUCUUCUGGAUGGGUGUGGUCUUAAUAUCCCAGCCAGUUUGAGCAUAACUUUGACAGCUCCGAAAUCUCCAAACAAUAGUUCCGCGGGUGAUCAUUCAGGUCAUUCCAAAGAUAACCUCAACAACCUUUUGAACAAAGUAAACCCAAGUAUUACACUUAACGACAGAUCGGUGGACCCUAGAGUUCUAAAGGCCUUGAAAACUGGGCAAAUAAGGAUGCCUGCGCCAAGUAAAAUCAAGCCAAAGAAUACAGAUAAGGAAGCCAAGAUCAGUCCUAAGCGAAAAAAGGAUCAGGAUCCAUUGGGAGAAGAUGCAUUGGAUCUUAGUGGAGUAAAGAAAAUGGAAAUUCAUCCCUUGCGAAUUCCGCAGCCAGUUUCUAAGGCGAAAAAUAAAUCGGCUACUCCUGUUACCCGAGAAAAUAACGCUGCUCAAGGUCAGGUUGUCACUCUUGUCGGAGGUCAAAGAUACUACAGAGCUCCUCCAGGUUCGCUAACCCCAGCUGCUCACAGGGUUACUGAUAUUCCUAUACCCGUUUCAACGUCUCGUGCCCCAGUUUACGCACCCUCUUGUUUACCCAGCCCCACAAGCAGCGGCGGACGGUCUAGCUUAUCUUCAGUUUUUCCCAGUCUACAAAGUCUCUAUGCACUUAGUCAAGCGCAAAACAGACAGCAAUUGCAAAUCGAAGCCAGACUCAGGUUGCCCCAAACCGAUGCGAAUACUUCAAAUAGUCCGAGCAAAAGUCAUCUCGCCGCUCAGUGCGCUCCAGUCAAACCUGCCAGAUCUUCUGUCGCAUCGUUAGCAGUUCCAAUAAUGAAGCAACCUAAUAAUGGUACAAUGCCUUGCGAGGGAACUCUGCGUUGACAGUUUUUGUGUUAUCGAGGAUUAGUUUAAAUGUAAAAUGAAAAAAUCAAGAUUCUGCAACAAGAGUCAUUAAACUCUUCAGGAAAUUUGUUGUAUCAUGUCCAAAUCAGACAAAGGACAAGUUCGAUAAUUAAUUGACAGCCAAAGACUUUGAUAAUGUUUCUAAAAUAAACUCGAUGUAUUCGAGUAAAACGCUUAAGCGAUUACAAAUAUCUGUAAUUACUUGACGAACUGAGCCUUGGCUGUUAAUUUAAUAAAAUGAUCACAAACUUUCAUCCACGUGUCCGAGACAAAGUAAAAAAUAUAUGAACGAUUAUUAUUGUUGUUUGGUUUAUUAUUAAUUUAUUGUACUAAAUGUGUACGAUUAUCAAGUAUGUAAGGGCUUCGAUGAAAACAAAAAAGGAAAAAAAAAGAAAAAAAGUAGGCUGCUUCGACAAGGAAAAUUUUUAUUGCCAUCCCAAAUAAAGUCAUUAAUAAUUCUUCCCGGUAUAACGAGAUAAGAGAUUGAUCAUUCUGUACACCAAGUUUUUUUCUAUGAACAAUAGGGCGAAUACUAAGAAAUCAUAAUUCUAUACUCUCUUUAGUUUACUUGUAAGCAAUGGUAAUUAUGAUUCAUCUUGUCGAUACAGCUUGAACAUAUGUGGCUAUUGAAAUGUUAAUAUUUUAGUUUUCAUUAUAUUUUGUUGAUUAGUUAUCGCAUAUAAUAAUUGUUAUGUCACGUAUAUUUAUGUGUUUGUAUUAUAUCUUGUCUAUUAUCUUUUUUGGUAUAUGUAUAUACAAUAUCAUCAAUGGAUUACCUAGAAAAUAAUCGCUGCGAUUUGCAAUUAGUCUAUAAGACAUUUACAAUAAUUUUUUCCUACCAACUACUGGUAUCUCAUAACUUGAAAAAAAACAAACUAUCUAUUCAUUGAUUUCAAGUAUAUUUCUGUCUUUUUUUGUGAUUCGAGUAUCAGAUAAUGGGAUCAAUCCAUUUUAUUCCAUUUUUUUUUUUGUUAGUUAUUUUUCGCUGUUUUUUGGUUUCCAACACUCCUCAUGUACAAGAGCUUGAAAGAAAUAUUGUUGAGCCUGAUACGUUUCAAUGUUGAUCAAUAAUUUAAACGAAAUGAUUAUUAUAUGGUAAUAAAUACAUGUAAAGGUAUACGCAGAUGUCUUGUUUGGCACCUGUCUAUCCCGACUGAAUGACGAUGAGGAAAAUUACCUUAAGCAUAAUAAUAGUGAAUGUGAAAAAAAUUAUUCAAAAAAAAAUCAAAUUGUUCUCGUUUCUAUAUAAAAAAAAAAGAUGAAAAAAAAACAAAAAAAAUGUAUACGGAAUAUUUGGUGUGUAAAAGUGAAAUAACGAAAGAAAAAUAAUUGUUGAAAUCAUUAUAUAUAUUUUUUUUUUAAUUCUUUUCAUCCAUUUUGUUAAUAAUUUUUUUUUUUUUCUGAACGGUUACAAUCUGAUAUCAAACAGAUCAGAGGUUUGGCUGAAAUUCGAACGGACUCGUAAUGUGAACACAAUUAAUCUAGUUGUUAAGAAUGUAUGCUCUUAUACAGAUAAUAAAAAUGUUUUUUAACAUUUUCGUAUUCCAUAAGCAAA